CAAGCACUUUCACAGCAUAAGAUUUCAUGUGUUGGAAAAGAUGUAAUGUCAUCUUUUUUCUUUUUUCUUCCUGAUUUUUUAAAAAUGGAACUUAAUGUUUGGAGAAGUUAUCUCAGUUUUGUUUCUGCACUUUUUGUGAUUUGGCAAUGAAACUUUUAAAACACAUUUUUCUCUCAUGACAUUUUAGGUUAAUCAGCCAGUCAUGGUGACCCCACCAUGGGCAUGGAAUUAUUUUUAUCUUUACAUGACUUGUCCCUCUCUUCUCCAGUAUUUCCAUUAGUUUUUUUCCCCCCUUCAUGUUAUAUACUCAUAUUUCCAGAUGAUUUUAGAAUGGGGCUUCCUGAAAUUACUUGGGUAACUUUCAUAGCUCCAGUUCUUUAGAUAUAUAAGUGUACUUUUAAUGUUUUCUUCCCCAUUAAAAAAACUCUUUAGUUGUUUCUUGGACAUCGGGAUGAGAUUUUGUGUACUGUGAAAGACAGCUAAGACAAAGGCAUCUUGAGUACUUCAGAUUUGAAACAGUGGGUGACAACUGAGUAUAACAUUCAUGGUUGUUAUCUCUAAAUUUGAAUAUCGGUAAUUUAGAGGGAGCUCAUGUUUUGUCAUGAGAAUAGACUAAGGGAAAGAUCUUUUUAAUUGCUUAAGCAAAUUUAUCAGUUUUGUAAGUUUGUUUUAAACUUUUCAAAUUUUAAGACAUUGUUUUCUUCAUUGUAAGCCAAAUUUAGGCCAAUCAUAAUAAUGUACUCUAUAAAAGUAAAGUGACCACUACUUAAAAUGACUGUUUAUCCAGCGGCAUUAAUUACCAUAGCUCUGUAGAGUUGCAGUGCAAUUUUAAAGAAAAGCUGAUUUAAAGAUUUAUGAAGCUAUUUGAUCCUAAAACCAAACCUAAAUUUAAGGCCUAGGCCAUUCAACUAGCGCUAUUUGAACAGAAAUUUCAUUAUUAUGGGCUAUAUAAUGGUGAUCUAAACUAGCAUAGCAUAUCCUAAAUUAGCAUUAGUAGGAUUUCAAGAUUCAAGAGCAACCAGAUGAAAUAUAAGAAAUGUGGCUGGUUCUAAACAGUUUGACUACAACCUGACUACCAGGUUCUGAUAUUAAAGGGUGUAGGCAACUUAUGUCUUCAGGAAAGUUGAAUGUGGAAAAUAGCCUCUUGUUGAUGCUUUUCUCAUGGAAUUUUAUAGCUGUCCUUCCAUUUCUGCCUUCAUGCUAUCCUUUAUGUCUUCUUCCUUCUAUUACAUUUGGUAUUUCCUCCCUCCUUCCUGCUUUCCCUCCCUUCCUUCUGUUGUCUAGCUUUUGUGGAAAAUUGUCUUGUUGAUAGGUGUAGAAAUGUGGUGGUGAUCUUUUGUAUAAAGUAAAGCUACUUUUUACAGACCAGAAACAUUUCAUUGUUCUUGGAAUCAUAAUAUUUUUGUGCUUCCAUGAAUACAUACUUAGUUCUUACUAUUAAUUUGCAUAUUAAUUUUUUAGCAUUUCAUGAGAAAAUUAAGCGAACGAGUUUUAAUCUUGGUUUAGGUUACACUUUAGUAAUUCAGAAGGCCUAUAAGGUUCAAUCACACUCUUGUGUUUGGCAAUUGUGGAAAUAUUCUUGCUGGUACAUAUUUUGGUCUAAGAUGUCUUAAUGCAAAAGGCUUCUAGGAGGAUCUAAGUGGUGGUUAAAAGUUACAAGACAGGUGACACCUAGUUACUUCACUAGCUCAAAUAGUAAUAACAGUCAGGUAAUGAUUUACACUCGUUGAAAACUCUGCUGAAAUGGACUGACAGUUGGCAGUGCAGUUAGUUGUUGGUAGCUCUUGACUUCCUUGCCAAGUACGUCUGACACUUUGGCUCCUCCAUUCUCCUUUCUUUAUGAUCCUACUCAUAGCACCUAAGCGUCCCUCCUACAGAAAGAAGUGAUGACUCUUUCCUUUGAACAGAAAACAGAUGAUCCAGAAAGAUUUCUGCAUUUUGAAGUAAUUUGGCCCUUUUUUUCCCCCUGACUGCUGUUUUCCCCAUAGUCUUAACUUGGCAAUUUGAAGAGCAUCUAAAUGAAUGCUUGUUAGGAAAUCUGUGAAAUGAAGAGUGUAAGAAGCAUGUGUUUAAGUUACUGAGAACUGAGACUCACUGGUGUGGAAAUUGGAGAACAGAAAGGGUAAAGCUGUUUGUGAAUGGAGAUGUGAGAGACAAAGAGAAUGGUUGCAAGUAAAGUAGGAGGGAUUUUUAUUUUAUUGGAAGAAGUACUAAGGUGAAUUCUGCAUGGUAGUUAUUGACUAAGAAAAUAAGAUUGAGCUUCACUAAGGAGGUGUCAGUGUGUCCCUUGUCAGCUAAGAGAAAACUGUAGCUAGUUGUGGUGAUGAUGAUUUAUACAAAUCUGUUUUGAUGCCUAUGUGUGAUGGUUUGAAGGUUUAUAGUAUAUCUCCUCUGAACAAUUUGAAGUAGCACAAUUGUGAAAUGGCAGCUUUUCUGGUCAAGACAGAUUUGUGUUAGGAACUUACCAUUAAAAAAACAAAAAGCAGUUCAACCUUUUUCAUUUGCCAUUUUUAAACUGUCAAUGACAUCAUACACUAUUAUCUUGGGCUCUUGUCACAGUGUAGCUUAUGUUUGCAUUUCAAGAUUAUUAUUCUAGUUCACAAGAUCCACACCCAAAAGACCUUCUUUUACAGACACUUUAGCCUUUGGUCCACAUACAUUUUUUUUAGAUGACAGUAAAAGACAGUAUUUUUUCAGAUACAAUCACUGGAUUGGUAUUUUAAGUAUCAUUUCUAUUUCCUAUACAUUUGUAGUCCUAGCAGGCAUCUAACAUUGUGGAUCUUAAGAAGCCCUUGGUAAUGUUUUUCCAGAAUUAGACAACAUAUCCCCUGAACUCUUGUUUCCGUUUGUUUUCCUGGAAGAAUUCCCUAAAGUUAGUGUAGAUAGGUGUUAAUUAUAAUUUAAUAUACCUCCCAGGUUCUUGUAUUCUUUGUAAGGUGAGUUGACAGUGAUUAGUUAUCUGUUUUGUACUCCCAGGACUGUUUUAAAUUAUUUAAGGUAAAUAUUUGUUUUUAAAGUUACAUAGUUCAGAUUCAGAUUGAUGAUAUUUUCUAUGGGUUUAUUCCCAGUAAUUUUGACACUUUACUUUCUAGUUUCAUUUUAAUCAGAUCCCUAUACAUUCCUGCGAGAAUUUGUUUUUAAAAUAGCCUAAAGGAAGUUUUGGUCUGUACUUGAAAGAUGUUUUUUUUUCUUUUCUCAAGUGUCAAGUUCAUUAACAAUAGUGGGAUUAUUUUUAUAUUGCUUAUUUUGCAGAGUUGGCACUUAGUAUAAUAUUCACAUUUUAUUGUGUGUCAGAUUUUAAAUUAUAGUUAACAUACUAUAGUUUAAGUCUGUGCAGAGCCUUCUUAAAUUGCUCCUCCCUUAGGAAUUGUUUAAAAGAAGUGAAGAAUCAGUGCUUUAAAUGACUGAGACAAGUCUGAAAGGCUUCCUUGAGUCUAGGCAAUGGAGAUAAAUGAUAGCCCAUUUCUAUGCUGCAUACAGUUUUUAGGGUUUGAUAAUAAUGUAGAAAAGUGCAAAAGCAGAAAAGACUGUAAAGUGGCCUAUAAAUUUAUAGUUUUCAUUAUUGCACUAUUUAUCUUUGCACUUGAUUUUUUGGAAAUUAGAGCCUAGUCACUUUCACUUUUGUUUCUAGUCUUUUCUAAUUUCUUGCAAAAAUUGUUUUCAAUAUCCCACCCAAAGUUAAACUCAUAUGCAAUUACAUAUGCUUUAUAAGGCCAAGAAAAUAUUUAUUAAUGUUAGCUAUGUAACAGUAAAAUUUGUUUUGAUAAAAUUUUUAAUAUGGAUCUUUAUUUGCCAAUAAAAUUCUUAAUAAAUGUGAGUUUUAUUAAACUGGUUAAGUAAAGUAAAAGCUUAGGAUAGGAAAUAUGUCUAUGUCUAUGUAUAUGAAAUUGUGUCUUUGAGAUCCAACUUCUGGCCUGGUAUGGCCUGGCUUUGGAGUGAUUGGUAUGUUUUCAUUUAGUGAGUGAUAUCUGAGUCUUACUGGGCACAUGCUUAAGAAACUGCAAGUAAAGUAGAUGGCAGUUAGUUCCCUCUUUUGUGUAUCUUUCUAUGAAGUCAAAUAGUUUCUUCGUGGUUUGUGUCACAUAACUGAUAUUACAUGAAAUGGCUGUUCCUUUUGAGAAUUUCAGAUUGACUCACGUUUUGAGGGAUGGGAAUAGCAAAGGAUACGAGACUUUGAUUUAACCAGAGACAGCAUUAGCUUCUUGAUGUGCUCUGCACAGAGAACAAAGAGGGUACCUGUGAAUGUGUGAUGCUAUAUUCAGAACUGCAAAAAAAAAAAUGGAAUUUUUUCAAUGGAACAGAAAGAUGUAUUUUUGGCUGGAAUUGUUUUUGUAAGUUACUUAAUGAUAUCAUUUUCUAUUUCUCUGUAGCUUUUUACACACCUCACACUUAACCCAGCAAGUAAGAGGCCUCUUUUCAGAUCUGGUUGGUUAUUCUGAAUGUGUUCUAGAUGGGGGUGUUGGUCAUGACAUGUUCUUCCCAUGUUCUGCUGGUCAUUGUGGUUCAUAGUAUUUGCAAACUCUGUUGAAAAUUCAGUGAUAUAUUUGAAAUGAGAAUGUUGCCUACAACAUAGUGUGGACGUAUGUGGCUAGAUUCUGUUGUGGAGCCUGUAGCUUUAUUUUUAACUUAAGUAGAAAGUUUAACCAUAGUCCAGAUUUUAGGGUUAUGUACAGAAAUUGUGCCAGGUAGUUGUCUAAAUGUAGACCAAUUUUGGAAAUGAAAGUUAAUGAAUAUGGAUUUGACUAGAUAAUUCUGUAUGCAAAACCUCAAGUUAAAGGCUCAUGUAGAAUUACCUACAUUUGAUGGCCUUAGCUCUUUAAACGUGGGUGACAUUCAGCAUUAUAUCUGUGAAUUUCCUUGGGAAAAGAAAAGAUUUGGUCUUUAUACCUUUUCUUGGAGACUAAAUUUAUUGCAUAUGGAAGUGAGAAAAUUGUAGCAAGUGGCUUUAUUUUUUUAGUGGAGUUUAACCAUUAGCUGAAUUCCUUUCCUACUUUAAAGCACUUAUUUCCCAAAUAUGAGUAAAGGGAAAGAUCAGCAACCCCAGGCCAUUUUUAUUGUCUGCCUUCAUUUCCUAAUCCUAUUACACAGUGAAUUACGGGUAUCCCUCUUAAGUUCCUGUAAUGCUUUUGGGGGGGUCACAGAUACCUUUGAAAAUCUGAUGAAAGUGAUAGACCCUCUCCCCAGAAAAAAAGAACGCACAUAAUACAGAUAAUUUUGCUGAAACCUCAGGGUCAUCACUUAUCUUCUGAAUCCCAAGUAAGGAAUUUUUGCUGAGAAACUGUAUAGAAAAUUAUAAUGUAAAUUAAUUAAUAAAAUUAGGAACUAUUGGCUUAAAACAUUUCAGAUUGGAAUAUUUAUCAUAUGGUGGCCCCUACUAACGAAUUGUGCUAUUGAAACUAGCUUUGUUAGACUUUGAAACAUCCAGAUAGAAGGGAAUGAGAAGUAAAGUUCUGAGAGCUAUUUAUAAGGAGUCAGGUCAUCUCCAGAUAUGGGAACCAUUCCUGGUUCAAAGUUGGGGUCCCAGUGCCUGACAACUUUAGCAGGGUAGAGUUUGAUAAACCACAAUGCUCAGGAUGCCAAGGGGUUAGCCAUUAUCUUAACCCCUUCCUACCAAAAGUUUUUAGUUUUGUCUGUUGGGAAAAAAAAGAUGGCACUAGGGAAAAAUAAGUUGCCUUACAACUUUGCUGGAACACAUCAGUUUGGUGAAGUAUGGGACACUAGUAUUAUUUUUGAGAAGGUGCAUAAAACCAAAGUAAAUUAUUCUCUAUGUAGAACAUUAUUUACUAGUAACAUUUGUUUGGGUGUAUUAGCUUCGACAAUUUUUACCAGUAAAUACUGACUUUAUUUAAAACUGGGAGUCCAGUUUACAUAUAGGAUAGUUGAUAUAUCCAUUUUCCCCCAUGUAAAGGAUAGUCUAAAAGAUUUAUGCAUACUUUUUACUUUUCUCUCUUGAUACCAUGGAGUGGGGGUGGGGGAGGACUUUGACUCAACAACUGACAAAUGUCUUCAAAUUUAAAAAUCAAGAAGCAGCACUUUAAGUCUAACUCCACGCCAUUUUAGUGCAUGUAUUAGUUUAAUAAUGAUUUUUGGUGCAUGCCUUUGGGCUUAUUCAAAAGUGUACAAUAGAAAAGUGUAUUUCCUUUCCUAGAAAGGAGAUGUUUUUCUACUUUGCAACAUGUGAUUACAAAAAUCUUCCUCUGUGGGAAGAUUAACCAUGUAUUGAACUACUGAAAAGUAUAUAUUUUUAGAUAUACAGAAGGAAUCUACACGGGGCAGCAUUCAGACCUAUAUAGAAGUCAUAGCAUUCUGUAUAGGACCAAAAGGAAGUAACAUUAAACACUUAAACAGACUUUGUUGGGUAGAAAUACCUUUCAAUCUUGCAUUGACUUCCAAAAAGAAAAUGCCGCAGAAGUUUGCUGAAACUUUUGUUUGAAUUUUCUCUGUCAGUGUUUUUAGCCCAAAUGCAGCAGCUUUGGGUUAGCACAAUGUAAGAAUCAAAACACAAAACUAAAUAGUUCAGUCUGGUUUGCAAAUCCAGCAUGACUGAAAUAAGUAACCAAUCACUUGCAAACUGAAAAACUGUCCAACUCCUGUAAGGUUUUGACAAAUAACCUUGGCUGACGUGGGAAUACUCCUACUUUGAAUUCUGACCUGACAGUGAAGAUUCAUGCUUGACAUGAUUUCAAACCUGACAGUGUCUGUUUAAGGAGCCAUGGUACAGUUUGCUAAUUCAAUGCCAGAUACCUGUUGAUUACCUGUAAGAUCUAGAGUCCAAAGGAGCCAGCAGCCGUAUCCCUGAGUGCUCUGUGCCCAUCAGAUAUCGUGAAGUAAGCAGAGUUGGGACAGGUCACAGCUCUGAGGAUUGACCUCAGGUGCUGUAGACAGCCCCAGAUUCAAGAACUAUAUCUGCUUCCUUGGGAGUCAUCACUGAAAUAGUGUCCCACACUGCGUUACUUACUGUAGAUGCUCUCCAAGAGGAGGCCCAGAGCACACAUCCUAAUUGCUCAUGGUACUCAGAGAGGAGGGUGCUAACUCUGAUACCUGGCCAGAUUCCAGUUUAGGGAUGUGGGUCUUCUUGUCAUUCUAAUUGGAAAUGUGCAUCACUUCCCAUUUUUCCUAUUGCUCUCAGUGCAAACUACACAAGUCUGUUCUUUUGCCCCGAUCCCAAGUCUCCAAGAUACUGGUAUUAUAUGGGCCAAGUUCAUGCCUUAAUGCACAAGAGUUGAAGAAGUGAGCUUGGCAUCAUCAGAAUGCACUGUACUUGGAGGGUAGACUCUUGUGAUGCUUGGAGAUGAAACCACAGCCUUCUUUUAGCAUAUGUUAGAAAAUAUGUGCCGGUUGGAAGCUUCCAACCAUAAGGUAUGAGCUGAAACCAAUUUCUCCUCUUUUCUUAUAGCAUGAUGAGAAAGUCUGUUGGGUUUUCAGCAGUUGGGGAAGGCCGGAGCUCUGCUGCUUUAAUCUGGGUAACUAAGGCUGGUUUAAUCUGGGUAACUAGCUGGUGUAAUCUGGGUAACUAAGGCUGGUUUGAGCAAGACUUUGGUAAAUUAACUGGGUUCUCAGAUGCCACAGACUCCGUGAGAAGUCACCAUUAUUUUCAAUGGCCGUGAUAGAGUCCCCCUGUAGCCGUUACUUUAAGAUUACAUGCAGAGUUGCUUUAUUUUGAGCUUUUUGUGUACACACAAUCCCAAACUGGAAAAACUGAAAAAGGAAUCCUGCUGUGAAAGGUAUAUAUUACUCUAGAUUUUUCUUACUGUAAAUAUUGUAAGAUUGUAAUACUGUCAAUAUUUUAUUAACCAACAAAUGUUAAUCUAUGUGAAAUCAGACUUAUUUUAAAUGUGCUUCUUAUUUACUGUGUGUGGUCCCUGUUGCUGACAGUAUUAAGUUAUAUUCUGAUGUAAGAUUAACUUUAUUAAAGAAUGUAAACAUUAAUGUUUCCUUAUGGGAAAACAAAUAAAGUAUAAAGAAGACAAUUCUUUUCAUUGAAAUAUACUGUGUAUUUACACUUGCUAGACCCAGCACCACUUAUAAACUUAGUACACUGUCCAGUUUCAGUUAACACAGCUGACACGGUUGUGCUCUGCUUGAAAGUCUAAGCCUUGUUGUUGUUGGAAUAUAAACAGUUUGUAUUUGUCUGCUGUGAAUCAUCUUGAAAUUUCUAAUCAAGUUUGUAAAAUUUUUAUAGUAAAAAUUUUAAUGACAAUUUAAAAAAUUACCUUCUCAAAAGAAUGGUCAAAACAAUGUCCUUUCAGAAAUAGUUGUUCUUUACUAUCUUUCCAAAAUGACUUUGGUUAAAUGGACCAGGUGUAUAUUAGUUAAAAUCUAGGGCUAAGUUCUUGAUAUCCUUUGAGUUUACAAGUUAAUCCUUAUUGGAAUUGUGCCAAUAUACAAUAGAAUAUCAUUAAUUUGCACUGUUUGGGGACCCCAUUUAAGAAUGCUGACUUUUGCCAACUAAAAAGUAAGCAAAUGCAAUUUUAAAAGUAAAUUUGAGCAUUCUGUGUUAAAUAUGUGCAGUUAUUAUCAUAUGAAGAAGCGCAGUGUGUUGGGCUGUAAUAUAACCAUAUUUGCUGUCAUGUUCUCCCAUCUCAGUGCUGGGAACUCACCAUGUGGAAACCAAGCAACCGUGUUGUGCAUCAGCCGGCUUGAGUUUGUUCAAUAUCAAAGCUGAAGCUAGCGAGGUCUGCUGUACUGCUUAUUGAAGUAUUGUGAUUCUUUUAGGCAUUGAUUCUUACAAAAUAUAUACUGUAACAGUAUACUUUGUACAGAUUUAAAUUUUAUUUGAAAAAAUGAAAUAAAGUAGGCAAAAAAUAAA